AUGUACGGCCCACUAUUUAUCCUUUACUUUGCCGCAACGGCUGUUUCUUUAAUCAAUUCUAGUGGCCAAAAUGCUGCGUCUUGUGUUGGAGACGAUUGUGUAAAACAGUUAGUCGAAGCGCGUCGGGCAAUGCAACAGACACACCCUACUGAAAGCGAUUGCAACACCUUUAAGCAAAUCACGGCUACAGCUCCAGUACAAAAUGCAACGGCUACGAAAAGUCCUGAGGUAGCGACAACGGUAUCGAAAGACCCGGAAUGCACGGAUUCUUCGGAAAUUCCAUCCUAUACAUCGACUUGCAACGACGAAUAUGACUGCUCUAGUUCGACAUCUUGCACUGAAACUACUGGUACGACUCUAACAAUUCCUGUAAUGCCUACCCAAAACUCGACAAUUUUACCGACCUUGACCACGAUAACUACCACGUCAACAACCACAUCGGAAGCAUCCCCGACAUGUACUGCUGAUAAGAUGAACGAUCCUCAGAAUUGUGGUGCCUGCGGACACGUCUGCCCAACAGGUCUAUGUGAGGCAGGCUCAUGUACAAGCUCUCAGUGCCAGGCCCAAGCUUGUGGCAGCAUUAGUCAAUGUAAGGAGGGGGGAGAUUGCUAUUGUUUCUCAUCAUCCGCAACGAUGGAAGGAAAUGGCGGCUUCUGUGGGAAAAACGCUGCCUGCUCUGGCCUUACCGCAUGUGCAACUGAUUCGGACUGUUCAGCUGGUAGUUCUGGAAAUAUCUGUGCGAUUUCCACAUGUUGUCCAAAAAAGUCAUCUGAAUUGCCGGGAGUCUGUCUGGAGGGUCAAUGCAGUAACAACUCCAACAAGUUAAUUUCCAUGGCUCGCAGUCGAAUGAUCAGUGGUGGAACAGCAGCCUUCUAG